AUGGCAGAAAACCAGUUCCACUCGACGCGCUACACCAGCUGGUGCCCUGCACCCAGAAGCGCGGACAACGCCGUAGAGCAAUGCCCGACGGCUGGGGGAUUCGAUCCCCUGAUUUUUGAAGAGGACGACGAAGGCGAAUUGGGUUACUCGUACGAAGACAAUGUCGCGGCGUACGUGGAGUCGCUCGAUCACGCGCACGAGAACCAAUGGACAGAGCUGGAAGCUUCGUGCGAGCUCCUCGAUCAGGCGGGAGUCGCUAUUGAAGAGAUAUGUCUCACCCAUGGCAUGCCGUCCGCCUUAAUCUCCGUAUCAGCCAUCCCCGAGGUCGACGAAACAUCCGAGCAGUUUCAUGAUGCGCCUGCUGCUUCCGCCUCUUCCAACGCCUCGACUCCGCGCCGCGACGAUUCCCCUGUACUCUUUUCGAAAUUCAGCCGCACGCCGCCAGCUUCGGGUGCGGGUGUACCCGUUAUAAGGAUGUCACGGUUUGGUGAUGGGAUGAAACACUCCGCUUCGGUACCUGCACUCGACAGUCUUGCUUCAAAUGGCUCAGGCAGCGAUCUUAUCCCGAAUCAGGUGUACUACGUGUCGAAUCAGUCGCUAAACUCCUUCCCCGCUACAGUCAACGACGGCAACAAUCGAACCGCCUGUAUGAAGCACUCCGUUUCCGUCCCCGCUCUCAAUCACCUCGCGAUAUACGAACACCUCCCAUCCGUCGGCCAACUCAUCCAGCCCGUUUCAAGCACCCGCCGCUUAAUAUCACAACCAUCCAACGUCUCGCUCCAGAGUAACGACAGCAACGGCUAUUUCGACGACAGGGAUCCGACGAUCCUGCGACGAAUGCCGACGGCAGCACUGAGCGCAGUGAACGGAGCAGCAGCAGUAAGAGCAAUAGCCAUCCCACAAGUCGCUCAUUGUAGUGGCUCCUUCAAGAAUUGCAACGUUUACCCGCACUUUCUCUCCCGCCGAACGCAUCCGGAGUUUAUUCUGAUAGUGCAUCAAAGCGUCAAAACUGGAGCCAUGCCGCCCACUGCAGGGGUAGCCGCACACCCGCCACACGCGUAUCGCGCAUGGAUCCCUCCCCCUGCGCCAAUCACGCCCGUUACAGCCACCCACCCGCAGCAUUUUCACCCCUCGCGCGCGUAUUUCGAAUCCCACGCGGAUCCCUCGGCGGAACAGUUUGCGGAAGAGCGCGCGCUUGCGGAGGACCGCGCGCGCGCCGCGUCGAAAGUAGGGCAAUGGGUCGACGCGCAUUUCUCCGUUCCUCCCGCCGCAACUGACGGCGCAAUAUCCGGGCAUGGCACAGAGAAUUACCCAUUCCCGUGCGAGCCAGAAGUGGGGGAAGAAGGGGGAGAAAUGAACGGUGAAGAUGGGAGCAAAAACGGACGGCGGAGAUCGUCUUUGGAGGACGAGGCGCUAGAACGGAAGCUGGCAGCCGUUGAGAUGGAGAACUGCGAGAUGACGGGGCGAGUGGCGGGGCUAGAAGCGAUGCUUCGAGAGAGGGAAAGGGAGACGGCAGACAUGCGACGGCAGAUAUUCGCGUACACGCAGGCGCUCGAGGCGGGUCGCGGCGACUCGCUGACGCGCGCGGAGCUGAUCAACCACGUGGUGCAGCUGACCAAUCAGGUGCAAGAGCUUGCGCAGGAGCGCGAUGCGCUGCGCAACGCGCCCAACGGUAUCGCGCUCACCUACGGUCUCCGCACGCCCGGCGCGGUUGCUGGCGGAGGUGCCGGCGCGCUUACCGGCGCUCUUCCUACCGUCAGCCGCGUCGGGUCCAUGCCGCUUCCUGUUGUCCAAUCCGCUUCGAGCAUUUCCGGCCGCACCGCCAGUAACGACGGCGGGUCUCUUGUGCGCGCGGGAUCUGUUCCGGGGAGCGUGGGCGGAUUAGAGGUCGCGCGGAGCGGGGGAGCGGGCGGAGGAAGGGCGGGCGGAAUGGGCGGGAUUGGGGGAGUGGGGCCGAUGAAAGCGAUGCCUGCUAAUCCGUUUGAAAGGCCGAACGUGUCUCACUACAGUCAGGCCCUCGUAUCGUACACCCCACCACCACCAUCAAUCGCAGCAGCAGCAGCAGCAGCAGCAGCAGUAACAACAGAGGAGUAUCCUCCCAGCCGGCUAUCGCUAGCCAUUACCCCCGCCACCCCUCCCCCCAUCCAGCUCGUUCCCCCCAUGCCUGGCGCCAUGCCCGCUGCCCCCCUGCCAUCAGCCAUUCAGGGGCUGACACGUGGCACUGUAACGGUCAGUGGCAGCAGCAGCAGUGGAGGCGGUUUUAGUGGAGGGAGUGGGGAGCAGUGUGAGAAGGCUAUUAAGCAGCUAGAGAUGCUGCUUAAAACGGGACGGGUUUCAAGGGCGGAUAUUCUGGCUGGCGUGCACGAGAAGUGUACAGUGCUGCUGGAACAGAUCGUCCCCCCUUCCCGCUCCAAUUCUCUUGUACGCCUUAUAAGCAAGGGCAUAUCGCACGCUACAAGCACCACCAUAUCUACACCUCCCACCGAAGAGCUAUUCCAAUCCGACCCCUCCUCCUGUCUCAUUGGUUCCCUCCUCUCCGCUAUAGUCACACUCUCUUGGAGCCCCUCCUCAUGCUUCUUCGAUAUAAGCAUCAAGCCUGUAACGAAUAUUACUGUACGCCGGCUGCUGCUGAUAGAUUUUCUGAACGCGGUGUUUUGGAGGGGAGGGAAGGCGUGCGUAAUCGCGGCUGUGGAGGGGUUGGGAGGGGUGCGGAGGGUUGACAAGUGGAUUGGCGUGCGGGAAGAAUCGCUGCCCUCCUCUCAGGAGCUUGCUGGCUGCAAGGUUUUGGUCAUGAUCAACACAAAAGCAGGUGCACAAUACAAGAGAAAGUGGGUAUUCGGAAAAUAA